AUGCGCUCCCUUCUUUGCAUUGCAGUAACGACGCUGGUUGCAGCUGUCGAUAGCAACACCUGUUACAAUGUCGAUGGAUCCGUGAGCACAGUGAGCUUUCGGUGCAGUAACGAAACGACAGGCCACACGACUUGUUGUCAACCUGAAGCCGUCUGCUAUUCGAACGGUGUCUGCAAGACUACGAACAACGACAAGACAGAUUAUCAAAGAGUGGGCUGCACGGAUCAGACUUGGGAAGAUCCGGCGUGCUUGAAGAGAUGCGAACGAUACGCACCGGGUUCUUCAGCGGGCAUCCGCCCUUGCGACGGUAUCGACGAGGGCACCCACUACUGUUGUGUCAAGCCGGGUGACGGAAUCGCGGGCAACGCGUGCUGCAGUAACUCGAGCAAUCUCUUCGUCCUGGGCAACUCGAUCCCGACUGUCGUCGCUCAGAUGCCCUUGUCUCAAACCACCAGUGCAACGGGAACACCAACGGCUCCACCAACGGCGACCUCGACCGGUGGAAGUGGGAGUGACGACAACAGCAGCAGCAGCACAACCACGAUCGGUCUCGGCGUCGGCCUAGGUGUCGGGAUCCCACUCGCCGUUGCCGUCGCCGGCUCAAUCUGGUUCUUCACGAGGGGGUCCAGGAGGAACCAGGGACAGCAGACGGCUGGCGCAAACGGCCUCGCGAACGGUGAAGGACAUGGCCCUGGUGGCAGCGGGUAUCCGAGCCAAAUGGCCCCGGCGCCGGGUUACUCGCCGGUUCCACAGGGGCAACAGCUGUCCCACCUGGGGGGCUCACCAAAGCACUCCAUGUACGAGGGCAUGGUGCCUCAGGAGAUGCCGGCGCAGUCUCCUCUGCCGGCUGAGAUGGCUUCGACGCCGUCCGAAAGACCGAGGAGCGAGUUGCCGUCUUGA